AUAAAUUUUUUACUAACUUAUAGUAUCAUUUCUAUAAAUAAUUAACUUUCUAUCGUUCAUUAAAUUAAUUGCGAUUUUUAUUAUUAAAUUUAUUCAUAUAAUGUCUAAUGAAUUUAAUCCUAAAAUUGAAAAUUCAAUUGAGGAUCUUAAGAAAUUAUCGAAAGAAGAACUCAUUAUUAAAGUUCAAGAGUUACAAAAUCUAAAUGUUAAUAACAAGAACAAAAAAUUAAUAAAAAACAACAAGUUAAAACGAAAUUUUGAUUUUAGCAAAUAUCAUAAAAGACACAUAGCAUUUAAAUUGUUAUAUUUGGGAUGGGAUUAUCAAGGAUUUGCUACACAAGAUAAUACUGAGAAAACAAUUGAACAUGAGUUAUUUCGUGCUUUAACCAAAUGUUGCUUGAUUGAAAGUCGCCAAGUAUCUAAUUAUCAUAGAUGUGGUCGAACUGACAAAGGAGUUAGUUCAUUUAGUCAGGUUAUAUCAUUAACUGUUCGUAGCAAUGGCAAUGAUUAUAAUGAACUAAAUUACUGUAAAAUUCUUAAUAGAUUAUUACCAAAAAAUAUCAGAGUUAUAGCUUGGAGUCCAGUUCCUGAAGAUUUUAGUGCAAGAUUUGAUUGUAUUUCAAGAACCUAUAAGUAUUGGUUUCCUAGGGGAAACCUUGAUGUAGAUUUAAUGAACAAUGCUAUACAACAAAUAGUUGGUUCUCAUGACUUUCGUAACUUAUGUAAAAUGGAUGUUGCAAAUGGUGUUACUAAAUUUGUCAGACAUAUAAUUAGUGCUAAAGUUCAAGUAUCAUCUAUCAACAAUCAAUUUACAAAAUGCAGAGGUUAUGAUAUGUGUGAACUUACAAUUGAAGGUCAAUCUUUUUUGUGGCAUCAAAUUCGUUGCAUAGUUUCCGUUUUAAUUUUAAUUGGACAACAUAAAGAAGAUGAAAGCAUAUUAACUAGUUUAUUAGACAUCAAUUUUUGUCCAAGAAAGCCUCAAUAUUCAUUAGCUAGUGACUUACCUUUAAAUUUGUUUUGUUGUCAAUAUGAAAAUAUUAAUUGGAUUGUUGACAAGGUAUCUUUAUGUGAAGUUUCUUUGACAUUACAGUGUUUUUGGGCAAAUAAUAUGAUUAAAGCGACAAUGUUAAGUGAAAUGUUAAAAAGUAUUGAAGAAUUGUCACCAGGUGUUUCACAUUCACAAAGUGACUGGUUAAUUCAAGGUGUAAAAUCUAAAAUUUAUCAACCUUUGUUGAAACGUCCGGCUAGUGAAAGUUUAGAAAAUAGAAUAUUACAUUAUACCAAAAAAGGGAAAAUUAAGACAAAUGACAUUGUAGAAAAAUAAAAAACAAAAAAUUAAUAAAUGUGAAAAAUAUAUUGUUCAAAAUAUAACUAUUUUUUCUUAAUUGAA